AUGGCAAAUCGAGGUCGUGGCGGCUGUUACAAGUGUGGAGAAUCUGGACAUUUGGCUCGUGAUUGUUCUCUUAGCGCUGUCUGUCGUGAUUGCACGGAAACACCUAAAGAAAAAACAUGUUAUAAAUGUGGAGAUGCAGGUCAUAUUAGUCGCGAUUGUUAUUCAGAUUCUGCGACUGGCAAUUCUGGAUCGAGAUGCUUCAAGUGUGGUAAACCGGGUCAUAUAGCUAGUAAUUGUAAUAACGAAUCAUUCGAGGAUGAUUUUAACUCGGACUAUCGUACGCGCGAUUAUAACUCUGAAUGCUUUAAGUGCGGAAAGACUGGUCAUAUCGCACGUAAUUGUUCGACGAACUCUGAAUGCUAUAAGUGUGGCCAGUCAGGACAUAUCGCCCGGAAUUGUGAGAUGAAUGACGAUAAUUAUUUCGAUGAUUAUAAUUCUGGGUCAAGAAACAAUUCAAGUUCAGCAUGCUAUAAGGCGAGUGAAUAUCUUAAACAUUUUCUCACCGGACAUAUCGCACGCAAUUGUUAUUCGAAUGAUGAUUAUAAUACUGGCUUCACAUCUAAAACUUGCUACGGUUGUGGUGGACAUGGACAUCUUCAACGUGACUGUGUCAAGGCCCAGAAAUGCUACAAUUGUGGUAGAUCUGGUCAUCUUAGUAGAGAUUGCGAUUCUCCUCAAGGAUCUAAAGAAGGUCAUAUUCGAAAAGAUUGUCCUAAAGUUGGCGCAGAUUAA